AUGAUGUUGGAGAAGACAUCAGCACCUCCUGGCGCCAAGCCAUUCACCUGCUUUCCAAUAAGAUAUGCUGUGGCUGUGUUGGGGUUCCUUGGAAUUGCUUUCCAAUACAUGCUAAAGGUCACACUGUCGGUAGCGAUUGUGGGAAUGGUAUCCAAACCUGACAAGGACGAAGAUGCAGUUCUUGAUGAUACAUGUCCCGUCACAGUGACUAACACAAGCUCAAGUUCACAGACUGGAGAAUUCGAUUGGGAUGAGGAAAUGCAAGGUCAUAUUCUGUCUUCAUAUUAUUAUGGAUAUGUGGCAAUGCAGAUAGUUGGUGGCCACAGUGCUGCGAAGUUUGGUGGGCGGUGGGUGUACGGAGCAGGACUCUUUGCUGCAGGGCUCCUCACACUUUUGGGGCCACUAGCAGCAUAUGCUGGGCCUGUAGUCUUCAUGGUCUCACGCAUAGGUGUUGGACUUGCUUCUGGAGUAAUAAUUCCAGCAAUGCAUGUGAUGUUUACAAAAUGGUUUCCCGACCAUGAACGUCAGAGACUAUCUGGUGCCAUAUUUUCAGGUUAUUAUCAGAUGUUUACUAUUAUAUAUGAAUUGUUUACUUUUCUUGAAGGAAAAGUAAGAGCUAAAGCAAACUACAUGGGUACCCUACUUUCAAUGGCAGUAUCAGGAACAAUGGUGAAGAACUUGGGAUGGCCCUCUGUAUUUUACGUUUUUGGUGGUAUUUCAACAGUUACAAUAAUUCCAUGGGUAUACUUUGUAUACAGUGAACCUGAAUCUCAUCCAAGAAUUACAGAGAAAGAAUUAAGAUAUAUUCUGGAAAAUACUGGAUGUAGUAUGAAAGAAAAGAGUAGCAAAGAGCCAGCGGACAGCCAGGAUAAUUCAAACAGAACUAAUCCAUGGAUUAUGAUACCAUUGACUCCUGGCAUGUGGGCACACUGUCUUGUUCUAUUUGCUGUUGGAUGGGUCAACUACACAUUGCUUUCAGAAUUACCAACAUAUAUGCAAAACAUUUUACACUUUGACAUUGAUGAGGCUGGAUUUAUAUCUGCACUGCCUUACUUAUUUGGUUGGAUGAGCUGCAGCAUAUACAGUUUCCUAACACAGUGGUUCAUACAAAAGGGCAUGCGUAAGAUUGUUGCUUUCAAAAUAUGGGAUGCAAUAGCCUGUAUUGGACCUGCACUUUGCCUGUUGGGAGUGACACUUCUCGGAUGUGAUGUGACAGGAAUUGUUGCGAUGUUUGUCCUCACAAUGGUUACACGGUGUGCAAUUUAUGGAGGUUCAUACCUAAACCAUAUUGAUAUGUUUCCUCACGCUGCUGGAACUGCAGCAGGAAUUGCACAGACAUUCAUCACUGUCCCAGGAAUUAUAACACCACUUGUUACAAGUGCAUUCAUUUCUGGACAGAUUGCUUUAGCAAGGUUGCACCUGUUGAAACAACUCUGCUUCAUUGGGAGGCAUAUGCUCUACCAUCGACUAAACCAGGCUGUGAUACUGGCAAAAGCAUCUAACCCAAAAAAAAAAGCAGCAGAACCAAGUUCCACACCUGAAGAUAUUCAAGAUACAACAAGAAGAACUGGGCACUGGAAACCAGAAGCAGUACCUACAGGAGACCCACUAAGGACAUCAGCAGAUCCAGUCUCAAAAGUAUCACCAAGGGCAUCUAAUUUUACAUGUAUCAGUGAACACCAACAAUCAGCAACUACUACCCCAGCAACGGGAGGAAGUUCAGCAACUCCAGUGAGAAGAAAUGUAAGGCGACUAUGUCAUCUAUAA